AUGACUAUUCCAAGAAUUAUUCAAAAUAACUCAAUGAUGACUCACAGAAUUAGCCUCAUGCAAUUUAGUAAAAGUUUCUUUGGAAGUGACUCAAAUAUCAAAAAACCAGAAUAUAUUAAGGAAAUGACAUCAAUGGAAGAUUGGAAUAGCAUCCUUGAUAGCAAGACUCCAGUAGUAUUUUAAUGCUCUGCAUCAUGGUGCAGGCCAUGCUAGGUAUUAAGACCUGUUGCAGAGAAAAUAAUAAAAGAUCACAAUGGCAGAGUUGUGUUCUAUUAUGUUGAUAUCGAAAAAUUCCCUGAAAUUAGCAACAUGCUUAAUAUUCAACACGUUCCUCAAUUGUAUUCUGUCAAAGAUGGAUAGUUAGUAAAUUCUUUGUCUGGAGUCCCAAAUAAUACAGAUUUAAAUAAAUUUGUAGCAGAUUUGUAUGAUCCCAACGAACCAUAAGUAAAAGAAUGA